UCUGUCCCAGGUGCAGCUCCAGCCCCAGACAUGUCCUGCUACACCCCGUGCCGGCCCUGCCAGCCCUGCGGCCCGACCCCGCUGGCCAACAGCUGCAAUGAGCCCUGUGUCAGGCAGUGCCAGGACUCCACCGUGGCCAUCCAGCCCUCCCCCGUGGUGGUGACCCUGCCCGGGCCCAUCCUCAGCUCCUUCCCACAGAACACCGCCGUGGGAUCCUCCACCUCCGCUGCCGUUGGCAGCAUCCUCAGCUCUCAGGGAGUGCCCAUCAACUCCGGGGGCUUUGGCCUCUCUGGCCUGGGCAGUGGCCUCUGUGGCAGGAGCUGCUUCCCCUGCUAAAGCUGCUGGCCCUGGCCCUGCAAGGAACCCAGGGACACACAGGAUGGAACCGCCCUGGGGACGCAGCAUCGGCUUCUGCUUCCAGAGCGGCUGAGCCAGCCCAGCAGCCCUUGCAGAAGGCCGGGGCCAGCCUGGGCUCUGGGCAAGCACGGCCCAGCCCUGCCUCUGCCCUCUGCCACUCUCUCCUUUCCCUCCUGUGUCCUUGUUCCCUUCUGCUCCUGUGGGCUCUCAGCCCCACAGAACCAGCCUGGGGAGGACCUGCUGGCCCUGUUCCCUCUCUGGAUCAGGAAGAUGGGAUCUCUGCCACAGCCAUGGACACACACUGUUGUCUGCCCUUAGUUCUUCCUGCGCUGGAUUCCCCACUCUGACCGACCUCAUUUUCAUCUUUUCACUGAUUAAAGUU